AUUGAAUCAUCUGAGAUGGUGCUUCAGAGCUUCUUUAGAUUGAGAAGUGGAAACGCAGAGCUCUCCUCGCUGUGUGUUGCUAUCCAGCUCACACCCUGUCGAUUCAUCCAUUCAUAUGCAACCAAGCGUGCCAUGACGAUUUACGCAGCUGACACGUGGCAGCCAUUAAUCAGCACCUCCAUGUCUGUCUCUGCCAGUCUGUGUGUUGGCGUGGACGUGGCUUCUGUCCCGGCUCUCGGCUCUACCUACACACCUGCCUGCAACCAGCACAUUAGCUCUUCAAUAUAUCAACCCUGGCUCUUCACCCACUUCUCGCAAGAUUGUUGUUUCUCCUAUGGAUCACCAUUCUCUGUCUGCCUGCCUGUUCUGCUGGUGUGGGAGAAAAAUGAUGCCCUCUGGUUUGUAAAGGGGGAUUUAAAGCAGCCUGAGCUAAAUCACCCAGGUGACGGGACCGAUGAGAUGAUACUAAAACCCAACCGGAGUCCUCUUCUGCUCGCCGUCACCUGCAUGUACUUCUCAGGAGGUUUGCUUUGGUCCUAUCAAGAAGAGGAUGCCAGUGACGGUGAAGAGUGCUCUGAGAAUAACAUUUCUACAUCAAAGUAUCCGUGCCUGAAGUCGACCGGAGAAGUUACAACAUGUUACAGAAAGAAAUGUUGCAAGGGCUUCAAGUUUGUGUUGGGCCAGUGUAUUCCUGAAGACUAUGAUGUGUGUGCUGGCGCCCCCUGUGAGCAACAGUGUACUGACCAUUUCGGUCGAGUUGUGUGCACCUGUUACCCCGGCUACCGCUAUGACCGUGAGCGCCACAGAAACCGAGAGAAGCCCUACUGUCUGGACAUCAACGAAUGUGCAGACAAAAACAUGACUACAUGCUCUCAGAUCUGCAUCAAUUCUGUGGGGAGCUACAGGUGUGAGUGUGAGAAAGGCUAUUUCCUGGAAGAAGAUGGGAAAACAUGCACCAAGGGGGAGAGAGCAGUGCAUCUCUUUGAAAAGUCUGACAACGUGAUGAAUGCUGGAACCUGCUCAGCCACAUGUGACGAUUUCCACCAGAUCAGGAUGUCGGUCCUGCAGCUUAAACAGAAGAUGGCAUUGCUGUCAAACAGUGCUGACGUCCCUGAGCAGAUGACCAGCGAGAAAAUCCUGACUUCGCCCAUAUUUUUACCAGGGCCUCCAGGUCUCCGUGGUCCCCCAGGAGAUCCAGGACCAGAGGGCCCUCCAGGUCUUCCGGGACUCUUAGGCCACCCUGGGCCUCCUGGUCCAAGGGGCUUGAUGGGACCCAUCGGACCCUCACCAGACCUGUCCCAUAUCAAACGGGGCCCCAGAGGACCUGUGGGGGCUCCAGGAGCACCAGGAAAAGAUGGCUUAAAGGGGGACCGAGGAGCUCCUGGGCCUGUCGGACCACCAGGCCCUCCAGGCUCCUUUGAUUUCUUGCUUCUGCUGAUGGCGGACAUCCGUAACGACAUCGCUGACCUGCAGAGCAAGGUGUACGGUCGCCCGCUGCUGUCUCCAGGGGAGGAUUUUCCUGCCGUCCCUGACAGCUGGAGGGACCAUCAGGACAAUGUGGAUAUAGGCUCAGGUGAGGAGUACAAAGAAGCUCCACCUCGAACAGGUGGAGGGUCCAAGAAGAACAGGAAGAAGAAACCAGUGCGAGAGAGAACGGACUUUGACUUGAAUAAUUAAAGAGGGUGGGUUUAGAUAAUGUAAGGUGUAAAUAUUGAGGUGGUUUGCUUUUUUAUUUAAACAGAAUGUACUGUAUGCCUUUAAAUCACAGAUGUUUAUUUUUGUAUGAUAAAUGAGAGUUUGUGUGAAUAUUUUUUAACUAAUGAGGACUGUGCAGAUGCAUGUUUUUUUUAUACUUUUUUUACACAUUAAACAAGCCUCUUGUGCACGCAGUUUUUACCUCUUUAUCAAUUUAAUUGGCCACUUAUGUACACAGACAAAGGUUUUUUGUCUGUUUUUUUGCUGUUUUAUAAUGUGUUUAUUCCAAAAUACACAUAUGCAGCAAAAAUCAAGAAUGGAAAAGAUAAGAGAAAAAAGACAGAGCAAUUAUGCAUACAAGCAGGUUCUAAAAGAAACAUAUAUGUAAAUUAAUACAUUAAACUGAGGUGUUGGAUGGCUCUGUGGAUCAUAGAUGACUGAUAGUUUUCCACCAGAGGGAGACAUUCUCUAAAAAAUACUAAAUUCUCAGCGACUUCACAUCAAGUUCUGCAAUAUUGAAAUAAAUAAAUGGAUGACGAAUGAAUCUUACAUUACAAUGUGAUAACUCAAUCUGAUGGUAAAAAAGGCAGAAUUUCCAGCGAUGCUUCUAUUGACUUUUCAGAUUUUAAGUCGCAUUUAAACUUUUUCAAGGCUAAAGACAAUCAGGAUAUUUACUUAGAUGAGCAAACUUUUACAUAGUCCCUUUAAAGAAAAAGAUAUGAAAAUAAUAUUUAUCUUGGCUUAUCAUACAGCUCAUCCUGUGGCUGAAAUACAUGCAUCUUUGGUGUUUUUGGUAAAAAGGUCAACUUGAAGUCCUUCUAUUAGGCUUUUUACGCAGUAUACAAACAUUCAAUAGAUGGAUUUCAAUACUGUAUAAUGGUAGUGAUAAGCAACCAUAAGUGUUUAUUGCACAGCAUUUGCCAGCAAUUUUAUACUGAUGUGAUGGUAAAUUUUAUCUUACUACAGUUCUGUUUUACUAUAUUGUCAUUAUCUGUCUCUACACCAGCCUCCCUUUAAAAAUGCCCACAGGUGGAAUUAAGAUUGCAAACUAGGAGGGCAUACAGUCGCAGUAGCGUUAACAGGUAAAUUACAGAUGUCCCUAACUAUUAACCUUCUGAAAUAUGUUCAAAAAUCAUGUUUAACUGUAUAAGUGAAAAAUCCAACAACAGCAGUAGGAUUAUACAAUUUAACAUAACUUGUUGCCAUCAUCCACGUUAUUCUCACUUAGCAUAACAAUUUUGUCAGAGUUAGUGAGGGCUGUGAAAUCAUAGCUGGGAGAGUUUGAACAUGUUUGGCCUCUGAGGUAAGAAUAAGGUUUUAGCGUCAGGCUUCCAGCUGUGGUUUGGACGUUGUUUAGCCUUUUCUGAAGUCAUAAAUUUUGUUUUUUCAUCCUCA